UCCCAAGUGCCACAGCAGUGAACAUAUACACAUAUAACAAAUAAAAUAUACGCCGCCAGCGAUAGGAUAUACAUUCAAUUCUACGAAAAUGAACAAAACUACAAUUUGGUAUGCGGCUGUGCUGCUCCUCGUCUACUUUACUUUGGUGUUCUGUGAAGAUACGCAGGAGAAUGCCGACACUCAAUUGCUCUCCUACAAUACGGAUACGGAUACUGACAUUCUAGCUAACGUUGGGCGAGCUCUACAGGAAUUUGAAGGACGUACUCGUCGUCAUCGCCAUCGCUUCUGGUAUCGUCAUCUGUGGCCUCUGGCAAUUGCCUACUGGAUCAAGGUGAAAGUGGUCAUCGUUUCCUUCUUUGUGGGCAGCGCCAUUUACUUGGGCCUCCGUUACUUCUGGCCACAUGCUCGAUGCAACCAGGAAGUCAUUCUCGAUCAUCCUCCACCAUCUUUCAGUCACGAUCACAUUCCAUACUCUUUGGACCAUCAUGAGCAUGAGCACUACGACUCGCCCUCAUACGAUUCGAGCCCUUCCUUUGAGCCCUACUCUGGUUACUCCAGCUACUCUUCCAACUCGGAUAUUGUCUCGGACUACUCAAGCGAUCCCUCCUCCUCUGCUCCAACAGGACCCAGCGGCCCCACAGGCCCAUCGAGCACACGUCGUCGUGGCAGACGCAGCAUUGAUCAUGAUGUUGUGGAUACUAUGGAAGAAGAAGUGGAACAGGAAGAGCAGGUGGAGGUCGUAGAUGAAGAGAUUUCCGAGAGUGUGGCACGUCAACAGCCCGCCGAAGAGCAAAUUGCUGACUUUAUGUUUGCCUUUUUGGGUCUGGAUUCCAAGGCCUGCCGCCGCCGCUUUGUCUGCGAAAUGGAAUUCCGCUCCAAGUUGAACCCACUGUCGAGCAUGGCCUUCCGCAUUGUGGGUCGUGGCUUCUUCGAGAAGUACACCAACUCGGCAAAUCCUACGGCCAGAGCUACAAACUUCCAUGAAUGUGCUGCCGUUAAUCCUGAGUGCGUUUUCGUGGAAAAUACCGAUCCAGAAGUGGAAUCUGUUGAGCAGCCUGCUAGCGAAGCAACCCUAGAUGCUGAGACCGCUGAGAAUGCGCAGGAAGCCGAGAACACCUCUGAGGAACAAAACGAAAUCAAUUUGCAGGCGGAACGUCGUCAUGCCAAGCUGAAGCAGCGACGCGGCGAACGCAUGUUAAGUUCCGUUGCUGAACACAUUCUGACACAGUAGAUGACCAACGAAUAACUAACGAUUAGCACUUGUAUU